AUGCCACCGAAGUCUCUCUAUUUCGUGCGUCACGCACAAGGCGAACACAAUGCACAGCACGACGACAGCAUUUCCGAUGCAAUCUUGACGCCUCAUGGGAAGUCGCAAUGCUGCGAUCUCAAGGCAUCGUUCUCGCACCAUGACUCCGUGGAACUGAUUGUUUCAUCACCAUUACGCCGUGCACUUCAGACUGCUGUCCAUGCAUUUACGCCUGCUUUACAAAGAGGCGAGGUGAAAUUACUUUUGCAGCCCUUGGCUCAGGAGAUGAACGCAUAUGCCUGUGACAUCGGUACCGACAGAGACGAAUUGGAGAAGCAAAUUAGAACUGGGCAGCUCUGGGAUCCAGAAAUUGGCGUCGCUAGCGAGAAGGUCGACUUUAGCGCGGUCGAGGAGGGCUGGAACAGCAAAGAAGGAAGAUGGGCACCCGACAGAGCCACUGUGCAGAAGCGUGCUGCAAAACUGCGCUCAUGGCUCUACAACCGCAAGGAAGAAACUGUAGUUGUGGUCUCGCAUGGUGGGUUCCUCCAUGCACUGACAGAAGACUGGAGCGGCUUUAACGCCACCGUUGGAACUGGAUGGCAGAACUGUGAGAUCAGGGAGUUCGUCUUCACGGAGAAGUCGACACACAGCAGUGCGCAUGUUGUCGAGAAAGGCGUUGAGGCGCCGGCAUCGAACGGCGAAAAGAAAGAGCCCCAUGUCGUUAAGGAA